UUAGAGACAAUGAAUAUAGCAUUUAAAAGCUGGAUUUUUCUCAUAAUUUUGGUUGAUUCAGGAGAAACCUCGGCAGAAGAUAAGCCUUGUGAUUUGCCACUCAUAGAAAAUGGGAAGAUAGCCCAGUAUUACUAUAGUUUUAAAAGUUAUUAUUUUCCAAUGAGUAAAGAGAAAAAGCUUUCCUACACCUGCGUGGCUGGCUAUACAACUGAAUCUGGGAGUCAAGAUGCAAGGAUAACAUGCACAGCAACAGGAUGGUCACCAGCACCAAAGUGUUAUAAAAAAUGUAGCAAACCUCUCUUGGAAAAUGGCAUCUUCUCUGAUACAAAAGUGUCCUACAAAAUAUGGGAACAAUUGUUGUACAGAUGUGCUUCCGGCUAUCAAACUCCAGGAGGUAAUGCUGAUGAAACAGUGCAAUGUCUUCCAGAAGGAUGGUCUUCUCACCCAAGCUGUGCUAAAAAGUUUGAUAGGUGCUUAGUACCAGACUUACAUCACGGCCACUACUCCACAACCCAGCGGAUCCUCAAACUGAAUGAAACACUGAUGUAUGAAUGUGAUGAGGGAUACCACACCAGAGGAGGAAACACUAUUGAAAAGGCAGUCUGUCGCACAUAUGGAUGGUCCCUUACUCCGAACUGCACUAAAGUAACGUGCUCCUUGUUAAGUGAGAUAGAACAUGGGAAUUUCUAUCCCAAGAAGAAAAGCUAUGAGGAAGGAGAUGUGGUUCAGUUUUUGUGUCAGAAAAAUUACUCUUUGAAUGGAUCUGAUUUAAUUCAGUGUUAUGACUUUGGAUGGUAUCCAGAGCCUCCAAUAUGUGAAGAUAGAAGAAAUAAAUGCCCGCCUCCACCUCAGCCUCCCAAUGCCAAUAUAUUCACAGAUUUAAGAACAUAUCAUAAUGGAGCCAAAGUACAUUUGGCAUGUCAGCUUAAUUUUACAAUGAGAGGAUCAGAAGAAAUCCAGUGUGAGAAUGGAAAAUGGACUUCACCCCCAAGUUGCAUUGUUUCAGAAGUCAACGAAAAAAUACCAUGUGAUCAGCCACCUCCUAUUGAGAAGGGUACAGCAAUAACUGAGGACAAGAUGUAUUACACAGGAGACACUAUUAGAUACAGUUGUGAUCAUGGCUACAGUAUAAAUGGAUCAAAUGAAAUAACCUGUAAAAUGGGAAAAUGGACAUCACCUCCUAAAUGUGUUGAAACGCGGGAAACCUGCCCCUCUCCACCUGCAGUUAAAAAUGGUGCUAGUUUUGGACCAUUAUUGACAAACUACACAGCAGGUUCCUCAGUAAAAUACAGAUGCCAUCGGUACCACAUAUUGGAGGGUCCUGAAACUGUUCAUUGUGUACAAGGAAAAUGGACAGCUCAGCCAACUUGUUUAGAACCAUGCACUCUUAAUGUGGAUGAUGUGAGCAAUAACAACAUAGAGAUGAAAUGGAGACUGGAAGGAGAAUUAUUUUUCCUGCAUGGUGACACGAUAGAUUUUGUAUGUAAACAGGGAUACUAUUUGUCAUCCUCCAGCAGGCAGUCUCAGCUAACAGUACAGUGUACCCAUGGAAAACUCAGAUAUCCAACAUGCAUUAUGAAAGAUCCCAAAGAAAAAUGUGGCUCCUCCCCUGUUAUUAAGAAUGGAGAUGUUAUUGGCCCACGACUGACAGAAUAUGAGAAUGAUUCUUCAGUUGAAUAUACUUGUUUUGAUCAUCAUUUUUUGCAAGGGUCCAAUACAGUCUAUUGUUCCAACGGACAAUGGACUACCCCACCAGACUGCAUAGAACCAUGCACUUUAUCGAAGGAGGUAAUGGACAAAAAUAACUUAAUACUGAGAUGGAGUUUUGAUGACAAAUCUUAUUUUUUCCAUGGGGACUACAUUGAAUUUCAAUGUAAAGAGAAUCAUUAUGGAGCACCAUCAACCUCAGUGUUUGAUUUUAGAGUACAGUGUAGCAGAGGACAGCUGACAUAUCCGAGAUGUGUUGAGAGAGGAAGGUAA